AUGGCACCUGCUGGGGUCCUCGAGGCCCUCGGCCACGCUCUUGCCGGCGCGACCGGCACGGCCUUCUCGACAACUGCAGUCUAUCCCCUUGACCUCGUCACCACGCGCCUCAAGGUGCAGCGCCAGUUACGGAGAGAGGAUGCCAUCUCCGAAAAAGACCAGUAUCGCGGCGUCUUCCACGCGUUGAAAGCCAUUUCGUCACAAGAAGGCGGUGUAUCGGCUCUUUACACAGGCCUCGCACAGGAUAUAUUCAAAUCUAUUGCAGAUUCGUUCCUCUUCUUUCUGUUCUACCAGUAUUUUCGGGAUGCCCGCCGCCGUUCUCGCGGCAGGAGGCUGCCGGUUAUCGAUGAGCUGGCGGUCGGCGCGUUAGCGGGCGCUUGCUCGAGAGCUUGCACAACGCCCAUCGCAAACGUGGUUGCGAGAAAGCAGACGUCGGCUAUGUUUGGAGGCAACAUUGACGGCGAGGACGCGUCCGUCUGGAAAAUCCUGUCUUCUAUUGGCGCCGAGAACGGCAUAGCUGGGCUCUGGGCUGGGUAUUCCGCUUCCUUGCUGUUAACGAUCAAUCCCAGCAUAACCUUUUUCCUGAACGAACAAAUGGGGAAGACACUUCUCCCAGAUUCGGACGAAACCUCGCGUAAUCCACAAACAACUUUCCUGCUUGCUGCCGCCAGCAAGUCUGUUGCUACCAUCAUCAGCUACCCCCUGCAGACUGCCAGAGCCAGGCUUCAAAUGCAGGGGUCUGGCAACGCUUCGCCGCGGAGGAGCACCGAGAACCCGGAGAGAUCAACUAGUUCGGAGUCCAGCAAUGAGCCUCAAACUCCCACUUCCAUAGAGGCAAAGGGUGGCGCCCUGAGCAAGCUGAAGAAAAUGGCCGAAGGUAGCGUGAUCGCCAUUGUUCUAUCCAUCGCAAGGACCGAGGGACUGUUGGCAUUAUAUGCUGGUCUCCAGGGCGAAGUGCUCAAGAGCUUCUUCAGCCAUGGCCUGACUAUGGUGUCGAAAGGCAUCAUCCACAAGUUCAUAAUCCGCUUGGGCAUUCUCCUGUUGUCCUUGUCACGAGGGCAGUCACGCAAGGCCAGGUUACAGCGCCUCCGCCAGGUGUUCCUCAGACUUCGAUGA